UGUAAAACGUCAGUUGGCGAGAGUGAGAGAGAGAGGUUAGUGGAAAAUUUGUUACAUUGUCUUCGUCUGCGUAGAAAAAGGCAGUCACAGACAUUUUGUUGCAUUUUCACAGCCAAAAAUCCCUGGGAAAAGAACGCAGAAACGACAAGUGGAUGGCGUGAGUGGUGGGUGGUAAGGGAAAAGUGUGUGAUCGUGUGUGAAAAAAGUGGGCCAACUCGAGAGGCUGCCCUCAUCGCCAAAGUGAAAAGUUGAUUGUGUAAAACGAUGACGCAGUUUGUUGAAAUCCACUGAAAUUGCCCAGUUAUGUGUUUGGCUGCCUUCCAGAGAGAAGCGACUCAAGCAGAUUGUCUGAAGCAUCAAGAUGUCGGAGUCUCCGCGUCGCGGCGCUCGCAGCGUCCCGGCCGUGGUGCCCCCGCAAGCGGUGUGUGAUCGCUCGGUGCUGGACAGCGUGGCGGGCUUCAUCAACGAUGUCACGCUCACGUCCGCGAGUGGCCCUGGCGAUGGCGGCAAGGAGUCCAUCCUGUGGGCGCGAUUUGAGACGGACGCCGAUGUGAGUGACCUGAAGUUCGGCGAGGAUUGGGAUCUCGAGGCGGAUUGCGCUCCACCGCUGCUCCUCACGCUGGGCUACGGCAGUGGCGUGCAAGUGUGGGCGAUUCCCGCCAAUGGGGAGGCCGUGGAGGUGCUGUCGUGGCGCCACGGCAGCGUGAAAUGCCUUCGCAUUCUGCCCACGCCGGUGCCGGACGACGGAGACCUGGCGGACGCGCCCUGCGAUCAGUUCACUUCCAAGCGGCCCAUCAUGGCGCUCUGCGACAGCCCGCAAACGCCGCCGGGCGGGACGACGGCCCACUGUGCGGUGGCUUUCGUCUCGCUGGCCGACGGGGAUGUGGUGAAGAGCAUCAAGUUCAAGAACCCCAUCCUCGACAUCCUCGCCAACAGAUCCACCGUGGUGGUGACCUUCCAGGAGAGGAUAGCCGUGUUCGAUGCGCGCAACUUUGAGGACAGAUGCACAGUGACCACGUGCCAUCCGAGUCCCGGACUCAAUCCCAAUCCCGUGGCGCUGGGCACGCGCUGGAUGGCGUACGCCGAGCGGCGGCUCAUGUCGAAGCGCAGCAGUGGCGGAUGCGACUGCGACGGCGUGGCCAGCUACACAGCCACGAUGCUCAAUGCCGCCAAGAGCCUUGGGAAGGGUCUGCGCGAGUUGGGCGAGUCCGUGGCGGCGGGCUUCAGCAGCCAGGGCCAAAUGCAGGCCGGCAGUCCGGGAUCCGGGAGCUCCACACCAGUUUCCGAUCCUCGCCAACCGGGCGUCGUCACCAUCAUGGACAUAAAGCACCCUAUAAAAGACAUCAGCCCCACAACUGGAGCCCCCAUUUCGGCAUCUGGAGUGGAUCCAAUUGUGGCUCACUUUAUCGCCCACUCGGAUGCCAUCGUGGCGCUGCAGUUUGACCCCUCGGGCAUGCUGCUGCUCACAGCCGAUCGCCGUGGCCAUGACUUCCACGUGUUCCGCAUCCACCCGCACCCCGGCGGGGCGUCGCAUGCCGCCGUUCACCAUCUCUAUGUGCUCCAUCGCGGCGACACGACGGCCAAGGUGCAGGACAUUGUGUUCUCGCUGGAUUCACGCUGGGUGGCCGUGAGUAGCCUGCGCGGCACCACUCACGUGUUCCCCGUGACGCCGUACGGUGGGCCCGCGGGCAUCCGCACGCACGGCUCUCCGCAUGUUGUCAAUCGCUUGUCGCGCUUCCACCGCUCGGCGGGCCUCUCCAUGGACGGCGGCCGAUCGAGCAGCCCUGUCUCGUACGCGGACGCCAAUCACGGCACCAACCACACGGGCAGCGCUUAUCCCAAUCCCCGAUUGCCGCCCUUUCCGCACCCGACAGUCAUCCUUCCGCUCACGCAACUUCGCCAGCCGGCAUCGCUGGUGACAGUCGCCGGCCCUGGAGCCGCGCAAUACGCCAAGGGCAGACAGCGACACUCGUCACUGUCCGAUGAUGGGAACUCCUCGAAGCCACUGCGGAUGUGCGCCACUUUCGCGAGGCCCAGAGCGUGGCUCCUCGAUCCGCCGGGCAGUGCUAGAGAAGCGCCGUCGCUCAGGAUGCAGAGACGCGCCGUGGACUCGCUCUUUAUCAUGGCAGGACAUGGCGCGUUGAUUCAGUACGACCUGGAGCCCAAGCACACCUCAAGCGUUGCCAAGGAGAGAGUGAGCGAUGACACGCCAAUUGAGCUGGACGUGGAGGCGAAGGCGCAGUGGAAUCUCCUGCGGACGGCGGACUCUCUCACGGAGAUUCAGCCGCCGCUGCCGUCGGACAGUUGGCUGUUGCGCGAUCGCGUGUUCGAGGCGGAGAACUGCGAGGAUGCGCGGGAGGGGGAGAGGGAUGAUCGCUGGCUGGCGCAGGUGGAGAUCAUCACGCACGCGGGGCCGCACAGGCGACUCUGGAUGGGGCCGCAGUUCAUCUUCAAGACGUACAACACGCCCAGCGGCUCGUCCCUGAGUCACAUCGAUGCGGAGUCUGUGGAGGUGGGCAUCGCCACGGCCAGUGGCGCCCUGCCGGCGCGCUCCAACCCCAUGAAUAUGCCAAUCACCACCACGGGGCGCCCCAUUGUGCCCGUUCUCAUCGAAUCCGGAUCCUACAGCAGUUACGAGCCCAGUCCUCGUCUUGCUGAUCAAUUCCGUCACGAUGAUAUGGAUCCGGACUUCUCUCUGGGUCCUCGCGAGUCGCAAUUGCGCGAGGAUCUGGCCGAUGCCAUGCGUGAAUCACCGAACGUAUCGCGAGAUACCUCAGGUCCCUCGUCAUCGGCCACAGCGUCGUGUGUGCGACAUCGUGAGAUGUCCACAGUCGCGAUGGGUCACGCUACACCGCCGCCAAAUGGCGGUGCGUCGCGUUCUGUGGCCAAAGUGGUGAAUCCCUUGGGAACUGUGACCACAGUGACGCAGUCCGUGAUCUCGUGCCCCGGCGAGAUGGACACAAGCUUCGCGGAUCACUAUUUGCACGAGAAUUGCGACGAGGCACUCUUUCGGCCCGUCGUCACGGUGAUUAGUGACGUGCGACGGGCGUCCAGUGAGGAGGAAGUGACUCCAGACGCUCCCGCGCCCGUUGGCAUGGAGCUCAUUGUGCCGGUGAUGGAGGAGAGCGUGCCGCGAAAGUCGCCAGAGAAGGAAGUGGCGAAGAAGAGUGGCGGGAAGAAGAAGAAGCAAGAGGAAAAGGAACCCUCGCCACCCCCUGUGGAGUUGGAAGAGCCUCCGCGGGCAGUGAAGACGGCGGGGAAGCCGAAGAAGGUGAAGAAAGGUGCAAAAGUAGCGAAAAAUCUGGCGGAAGAGGAGAAGAUUGAGGGGAAAAUCGACGAAAUUCAGCUGGAUGAAGUGAAGCUGCCUGAGGAUGAGGAGAAUCUGCCACAGUACAAGACGCUGAAGCAGGAUUUCGAGAUGAUUCAGGACACAUUGCUCAAGGACUCAAUUGUCAUGACCACGACGACAAAGCGGGAAGAGCAGUUCCCGGAAAUUGUCAACAAUUUCUUCGAUGUGACAACCACAAAGUUGGACUUGGAGUUCCCCGAGGAGGACAGCGAACGCCUUGUGGAGCCUCUGGCGCCCCUGGAGCCCUUUGAGCUCAAGUUCGAGCCCAUGUAUGGCUAUCAGGAGGAGGAGUCCACACUGUAUAAUAACGUGGCGCGCAGUGAGACCGACAAAUUCUGGUCAGAUCACUUCUACAACAGCUUCGAGGAGAAGUUCACCGACAGCAAUCCCACCGACAGAAUCCUCUCGGUCAGUGGCUCCUCGGAGAAUGACUCUGAGAGCUCGUCGGGCGGCGAGAAGGCGCGCGAGGGGAGUGACGGACACGACGAGGAGCUGCAGCCGCUGAUAAAUGCCAGCGGAGGCGCCAGUGAGGGUUCUCCGAUGUCGGAUCGCUGCGCUGCUGAGCAGAAGGCGUCCGAGGAUGGGGAGAAGGAGUCGACAAAGCGGUCCGAAACACUGCCAACGACCAAUCGAAGUGAUUUUAAGCAGCAGCAGAAGAAGAAGUCACGCAGGAAAAAUAGAUAAGACAUGGCAAAGGAGGGAAAACUGUACAGAGAAAAACAUCACGAGGAUCAGCAAUUCUUUUGAAGAAGAUCACAAUCAUUACGUGUUAGGAAGGGAAGGAGAACUCUAGUUUUGCGUGUAGAACGAGACAAAUAACAGUGUAAAAAAAAUACUACAAAAAAAUCAUAGCUUAGUGAAGACAGAACUUCUUGUAAAAGGAUUAAAAGAAUUACUGUAAAAUUGUAGAUUUAAGGUUAAAGACGGUGAGGAGUGUGUAGAAUGAUCACAAAAAAAAUGGUAUAAUAUCGUGUAAGAUCUCAAAGUAUAUUUAAAAAUAUCUUUUUUCCUUCUAUUUUAGAUACACAUUUUUUUCCUCUUCAUGUUGUUUCGUUGGACAAUUUUACCAACCAUUUUAUUUUUGCUAUAAUUUAUAUUUUAGAGCGAAAUAUUAUUUACGUUCAAAACAUUUGUAUCCAUUUCUAGACCACAUUUUAACUCGUGAAAUCGUUUCUAUUAAGGAAGAUUAUAUCGUUCGAAUCGGAAUCUUAACAUCAUUUUAUUAUUUCUUCGAUUAGAGGCCUCAAGAUCGUCCCAUGAAAACCCUCUUGAGACUCACUUGAGAUAAAUAGAGAGCUCUUGGUAUAAACUUAAGAAUGAUGAAUUAGUCGUUAUUGAAUUUCUGUCUCUGUAUCGUUUAUUGCAGAUGAAUAAGAAAGAAAGAAAGAAAAAAAUCGUGAAUGACAAAAAAAAUGCAUAUAAAAUUUUGAAAAAAGUGAAUAUAAAAAUUAGUUGACUAGAGUGAAUAAAUGAAAGAUUAAAUUGAUGAUGAUUCAUUGUGUCUAUACAGUAAUUGCAAGAUUAAGAGAAUUUAUUGUAUUUAUAAAAUUUACUUUAAAAGGAGAAAAAAAAACAAUAAAAAAAAACGUUUCAUUUCUCUUUCGCAAAAA